GCCAUGGACCGCAAAGAGGGCGCUGGCGAGGAGGAUGACUGCGUGGACUCGGGCGCAGAGACCGGAGGGUCUGACUACAGCCACAUGUCCUCCACCAGCAGUGAGCUUUCCCUGGAGGAGGCGCAGGACCCUUUCCUGGUUAGCAUCCACAUAAUCGCAGACCCCGGGGAAUCCCAACCCCUACAGGAGGCCAUCGACAAGGUCUUGGCUUGGAUCCACCCAGACCUCCAGCUGUUCCGUGUCUCUGAAAGGAGGGCUUCCCGGCGGCGGCGGAAGCCUCUGAGGGUGGCUCAGCCGGCGCUGGCGGUGGUUCUCUUCCUGCAGGAGGAGUAUGGCGAGGAGCAGAUCCUGCAGCUGCACCGCACGCUGCAGCGGCCGCCCUGGCGCCACCACCACACGGAGCGCGUGCCCGGCAGGUUCCUGCCCUACCUGCCCUGCAGCCAGGACUUCUUCACGCUGGCGCCCGGGACGCCACUGUGGGCCAUCCGGCCCGUGCACUACGGCAGGGAGAUCGUGCGCUUCACCGUCUACUGUCGCCAUGACAACUACACCGACAUCCUCAAGUUCUACGAGCUGAUCCUCAGGCGGAGCCCCACCCAGAAGAAAACGGACUUCUGCAUCUUCCCCAUUUUCUCCAACCUGGAUGUGGACAUCCAGUUCUCCCUGAAAAGACUGCCCUGUGACCAGAACCCGGUCCCCACCGACUCCUCCGUGCUGGAGUUCCGAGUCAGGGACAUCGGCGAGCUCGUGCCGCUCCUGCCCAACCCCUGCAGUCCCAUCAGUGAGGGGCGCUGGCAGACGGAGGACCACGACGGGAACAAGAUCCUUCUGCAGGCACAAAGGGUGCACAGGAAGUUUCCUAAACCUGGCAGAGCUCACCGUUCGUCGGCACAGAAACUUCACGCCAUGCCUUCCCCGAGUGCCAGCACACCGAGCCAUACCCCUGGCAGCAGCCAGCAGCCCCUGCUGGACAGUCCACACCUGGAGCCCAGCCAGAUGGGCCUGCCUUCUGGGCACCAGCAGGAAUUCACCAGACGGGCCAGCAGCACCCCCAGCCUUCCCUGGUCUUUCCAGAGAAGCAAGUCCUUGUUUUGUUUACCCACAGAAGACCCCUCCCUGGCCUCCUCCUCAGCUGUACCAGAGUGGUUUUCAAACACAGGUGCCCCAGGGCACUGGGCGUCAGAGUGGAGGCACACCCACCCCCUCUCCAUUGAUGACUUAGAGGGGGCCCAGGAGACGGACGUGGACACAGGCCUGAGGCUAUCCUCCUCGGACCUGUCUGUGGUGUCUGCGUAUUCUGCACCCAGUAGGUUCUGCAGCUCCUUGGAAACACCCCUCCCCUCCGAAAGAUGCAGCAGCCACUGGCCCACGCACAAGGGUUCCACAGAAGGACCGCUGCCCGCUGGGAGCAGGGUGACCACGGAGACCUCCUGGGCUUCCCUCCCUUUCUUCACUAACGGGCCUUGCAGCUCCCCGGCGACAGCGGUUGCUGCUACCCCAGCUUCUGGGGCCCCCUCACACACAGAGUCAUCCCCCCAGCUCUCUGGUGGUGCUCCCAGUGCCGAGUGGACAGGCAGAGACAUCCCACCGCCCUCAGCAUUGGCUGGACCAGGGGACAAUGACACGGAGGAAUUCUACAUCUGAACACCCUCUACUCUGGUUUUUCAGGCACACAGGCUCGGGCCCCACCACCCCUUUGGGGUCUGAACACCGCCCGUGUUCUCAGCCCAGCUUUCCCAGGUCUUUUGGAACCUAAUUAUCUGUUUUACAGGGAUCGCUAGCACAUUUGCCAUGCCACCCAUUCUUACCUGAGUGCUGGCAUAUUUCUAGGGACUCAGUGGGAAAAUACUGGCAUUUUUAUGCAAAUUCUCAAGAAACUUAGGUCGUAAAAUAUAUAUAUAUUUUGAACACUCAAUUCCAUUUGAGCUGUGGUUGAGUGCGCUUCUACAAUUUAAAUGCUUCAUAUAAUUAUUUGAAAUGAAAAGAAAACCUAGUCAGCCAAAGCUGAUUUGGCAGUUUUUCACUCUGUAAAGGAAGAAAAAACUAAAGCCAAAAUGUUGAAUGUGGGAGAGAUACUAAGUGACUUGUAUGAUAAGUGCACAAUGACGUAAUGUACAGCUUACUGGAUUCUCCAGAGAGAUUUACACUACCAGGGAACAGUGACCCUAAGAAAUCCCAAGUACUGCAUAUAGUGAAAAAAGUCCACUUGUUAAGACAGCUGUAAACGUAUCAGACUACAGUAAUACCUCACACUUUGAUGCCAUGCAACAUCUGAAAAUCUGGAUUUACACUAACGUGGCGAGUAUGCUUUAUAAGGAUUUAGCAUGAGUAACAGACUCUGGGUGCAUUUAAUAUAUGACGACUUCCAAAAACUAGAUUUGCCUCCACCUUCCAACAAAACACCCACUCACAAGUGAGGGGCUAUCGAAGACCGCCCCACCACCUGGAUUUAUUUGGAUCACUGAGGAAGAAUCGAGCGUUAGAGUUACAGAAUAAUAGGAUUUAGACAUAGUGGGUAGGUAGUCUUAGGAUUCUUCCAUUUUAAAAGCCACAAUCUAAGGGCUGCAUAUGUAUAUAUCUAUAGAAAUGACAGGAGCCACAUUUUAUACUGCUUUCUCCAGUACAUAUGUAUUGUCACCCUGUCUUCUUCAUUUUUAAAUAAUUUGUAAUAUUGCAACUGGCAUGUCGAAUGCAGAUGACUAAACGCUCCCUCUUCUCCGAAUGGAAAGCUUUGUACGAAAUGCUCCCCUGAACGACUGCUGAGGCGUUGCUGGCCUUGCAUGAGUGCACCGGCGCCUUAAUUGAAGCUGGAGCUCUCGCCCAACCUUGGGCCCUUCCUGCCUGCCUGCUUCUGUCACAGAGUG